AAGAUGUGCUGGUUGAAGACAACCAUUGCAGUUCUAUGUCUUUACCCAGCCCGAUGACCCCAUCCUCAGUUGCUGGCAUGUCCUUGAGCAUGGAGAUGACCCGGAAGCGCAAGGGCAGCAUGGACAACCAGGAUACAAAAUCUGCUUCCAUCCCUGACGCAGACAUGGAAGACGACCAAAACGGGACAGAUGGAGAGGACCAACAUGUCAAAAUUAAAUGCUUUAGGGAACCGCACAGCCAAAUUGAGAAGAGGAGACGGGACAAAAUGAACACUCUCAUUGACAAACUAUCUGCCAUGAUCCCUACUUGUAACCCCAUGUCGCGUAAACUGGACAAACUCACUGUGCUCAGAAUGGCUGUGCAGCACCUCAAAUCUCUCAAAGGUUCAGGAGGUUCUUUUUCUGAAGCCAGCUACAAACCAUCAUUCCUUCCCGAUGAGGAGCUCAAACACCUUGUCCUCAAGGCUGCAGAUGGGUUCCUGUUUGUAGUGGGCUGUGAUCGUGGGAAAAUAGUUUUUGUCUCUGAGUCCGUCACGAAGAUAUUAAAUUAUAGUCGGGCGGAGCUGAUUGGUCAGAGCCUGUUUGAUUACAUACACCCAAAGGACAUGGGAAAAGUGAAGGAGCAGCUGUCAGCUUCUGAAUUAUACCCUCGUGAACGGCUUAUAGAUGCUAAAACCGGUCUGCAGGUCCAGGCUGACCUCCCAGUUGGUGCGGCGCGGCUAUGUUCUGGUGCACGGCGCUCGUUCUUCUGCCGCAUGAAGUACAAUAAAAUAUCUGUCAAAGUGGAGAAGGAAUUCCAAGCCAGCACCUCCAAAAAGAAAGAGUCACAGAAGUACUGCACAGUUCACUGCACAGGCUACAUGCGCAGCUGGCCAACCAGUCAUUUGGGAGAAGAGGGGGAGGGUGAGGCAGACAAGCAAGAUAGCUCCCACUUCAGCUGCCUGGUAGCAGUGGGACGUGUCCACUCCCACUCAUCUCCCCAGGUUAAUGGAGAAGUCCAAGUUAAACCCACAGUGUUCAUCACACGCUAUGCCAUGGAUGGCAAAUUCACCUUUGUCGAUCAAAGAGCGACAACCAUUCUUGGCUAUCUUCCCCAAGAAUUGCUUGGGACAUCAUGCUAUGAAUACUUCCAUCAAGACGACUUACCGCAUUUAGCUGACAGACAUCGAAAAGUGCUGCGGUGUAAAGAGAAAAUAGAGACAAGCUGUUAUAAGUUCAAAACAAAACAUGGCUCUUUCGUCACUCUGCAAAGUCAGUGGUUUAGUUUUGUAAAUCCCUGGACCAAAGAUGUAGAAUACAUUGUAUCAACUAACACAGUCAUAUCGCAUGAUCACAGUCAAACCAGUCGGUCGGGAAACAAGUCUGAACAGUCGAGCAAUUCCAAGACUUCUGAAGAAGAUGGCAAGAAGUCCCUUCCAAUUAUACCAGGCAUCGUCGCCAUGCCUGGAAAUAUGAUUUAUGCUGGAAGCAUAGGCACCCAGAUUGCCAAUGAGCUGCUGGAUUUCAACAGGAUGAACUCAUCACCUUCCAGUGGUAACGUCAGCCCGUUCAGUCUACCACAGGAUAAGUGUCCACAAACUCACAAUCAAAUCAGCAACAAUGUGCCAAAUGGAGAGGCAACAGACAUGGAGAUACCAGGAAAGUCCAGCUCAGAGGAUGAGCCCCAGGGAGCGGCAUUCUCAGGAGGAGAAUCACUCAUGGAAGAAAACUCCCAGCUGGAUUUGGACAGUGUGGUUGGACCAGGUCUUAGUGGUCUUAGCAAUGAUGAAGCAGCCAUGGCAGUGAUCAUGAGCCUUCUGGAGACAGACACAAACCUGGGCGAGGCUGUAGACUUUGAAGAGAUGCACUGGUCUUUAUAGAAUCUGCUCUUACAAGAAUACUUGGACCAUCAGUUCUGUUAAUGACUAGAACUGCUUGAAUGCUUACUCUAAGACGCAGCAUUUCUUUUUUUUUUUAAAGGACUUUUUUAUUUAUUAGUUACCUUUUGCAUAUAAGCUGUGCAGUCUUUGUGUGGCUGCUCUAACUGGGAGCGGGAUCGACGACAGUAAGGGACACCUGUUUGCCCUCUUCAGAAGGAGGAUGUACCUCUAAAGCCUUAACAGCGGCCUGCCUCCCCUGAAACGCUGUUCCUCACUGCUUUUCCUCACAUCUACUGUCAUCCUCCAUUUAACUGAAGAGGCCUCACAAGGAUAAAGAACCCAUGAACACAAAUGACAGUGAUGAUGCACAUUGGCUCGGGAUUCCUGCUUAUAAAUCUCUGCUUUGACAUUUGAACAAAGGAUGGGAGGGGCAACGCAAAAAAGAAUUUGCACUGAAUCAAUUUUGUUUCGGUUUUUUUAAUGGUCGUAAUUUGAUUAGGUACUGUAUGUUUAAUUAAAAUGUGAGGAAGACCCCUUGAUAACCUGGCCCAGCUUUUGAUCCCUCAGGACCCAAGCCGAAGGUCUACCACGGCAAACCACACUUCCAUAACCUCUACCUUUGAGAGUCACCUAACGAUGUGCCGCUCAGAGAGAUUCUCUUGUCAGUAUCUGAACAUUUUCACAUGGAAACAGUCCAGUAACCUCCUCUCUUGUACACUGACUUGAACGUACUGUAUAUGUGCGGAUUUGGUAUGAUUGCAAACACCAUGUCUUCAGGCCGUAUCUGUCUUAAAGGGAUAGUUUGCAUAGGAAGAAUAUUUUCAGUUAUUAUUAUGUAAAGUUCUAUAGACAUUUAGCCCUAGGUUUUAUUUGCCCUAGCUCUGAACAUAUAACAUUUCUUUGUAGAAAUUGUCCAUCCAAUUUGUUGGGAGAGCAGCCAGCUUUGGUGGUUGAGUCGAUUCACGGGUUUAUGAGCACUACAGUGCUACUUCAUACCAAGUGAAACGGCACCUUAGAGGUGCUGAAAUGGAGGUUUGGCAGCAACGGCUGAGCAACAAACCCAUUUCCUUUGUGUGACAUUUUAUCAAUAUGUGUGUCUCUAAGUCUGAUGGUAGAAGUGAUAACUCAGGGAGUGAUGGAAACAGAGCCGCCCCAUUUAAACACAAAAUGACACAGUUCUUAGUAACUGUAGCAGUAUUUUUGUCCAGUUUAAGGUUUUACAUACCUCCGUACAAGCUGUACAUUGUCUUGUCAUGUCCGUCAUCUCUCGUAAUGAGUCUGUGCUUGUUCACCUGUGCGUCUGUGUUCUUACACUUACACUUAUUGUCAACUUUAUAAUCCUGCAGAUAAGCCAUAGCUGAAGCUGUUAUUUUUUCAUGUACUGUAAUGCACUGACAGUGUUUCAAAAAACAUGUUCAUGUUUCAUGUGCUUGUCAGAGGCACACGAUGUUGCCAUACAUGCGUUUAUUAAGGGAUUAUGCUAUGCAGAGCUGUCAUUCCAUACAUUCUAAACUUUAAGGUCUGUUGCUCUCUCUUCAUGUUAUUGUCACUCCCAUAUCAUGCAUGACUAAAAAAAAAACUCAAGAGGGUAUAAUACAUACUGCUGACUU